GCAUCCUUUGGCAGGCGAUUGGACCCUGCCCUAGAGAGAAGUCCAGGAUAAUAGCUUUUGGGGCUAUAUUUCUCCACCCUGGAAUUCAUCCAGUUCAUUCCAGAAAUAUUGACCCUCUGCUUCUGUGAUACCUCCUCAAUGAAUGUCUGAUGGACAGACACUUUCCGGUGACCUUGCAGCAAUUUUCUUUCCUGUGGAGGUUGGAAGACAAGGUGAAUGGUGCCAGAAGUUGCCUGCUUUGGUGAAUAGGAGUGUUCCACUUGGUUCUCAGAACAUGGGCCCUCGUUUAAAGCUGCAGCUGUGAUCCUCGCUGUCUGUCGGCAUUGAAGGGACCUGAUGUUUUACGUUAUUGGUGGGAUCACAGUGUCUGUGGUUGCAUUCUUCUUCACAAUUAAGUUCCUCUUUGAGCUUGCCGCACGCAUAGUCAGCUUCCUCCAGAAUGAGGACCGUGAGCGCAGAGGGGACCGGACUAUCUAUGACUACGUGCGGGGAAAUUACCUGGAUCCCCGGUCUUGCAAAGUCUCCUGGGAUUGGAAGGACCCCUAUGAGGUGGGCCACAGCAUGGCCUUCCGAGUGCAUUUAUUCUACAAGAACGGGCAGCCUUUCCCCGCACAUCGGCCGGUGGGACUGAGAGUUCACAUCUCUCAUGUCGAGCUGGCAGUGGAAAUUCCAGUGACCCAGGAAGUCCUCCAGGAGCCCAGUUCCAACGUGGUCAAGGUGGCCUUCACUGUGCGCAGGGCGGGGCGUUAUGAAAUCUCGGUGAAGCUUGGUGGAUUAAAUGUGGCCUACAGUCCCUACUAUAAGAUUUUUCAGCCUGGAAUGGUGGUUCCUUCCAAGACCAAAAUAGUGUGCCAUUUUUCUACUCUGGUGUUGACCUGUGGACAGCCCCACACCCUUCAAAUAGUGCCCCGAGAUGAGUACGACAACCCUACCAACAAUUCUGCAUCCUUGAGAGAUGAGCACAAUUAUGGUGUGUCCAUUCAUGAGCUCGGUCCUCAAGAAGAAGAGAGCACUGGUGUCUCAUUUGAGAAGUCAGUGACAUCCAACAGGCAGACCUUCCAGGUGUUCUUGCGACUCACCCUGCAUUCUCGUGGCUGCUUCCAUGCCUGCAUUUCAUACCAAAAUCAGCCAAUCAAUAAUGGUGAAUUUGACAUUAUUGUCCUAAGUGAGAAUGAGAAGAAUAUUGUUGAACGCAAUGUGUCCACCUCAGGAGUGAGCAUUUACUUUGAGGCUUAUCUUUAUAAUGCUACCAACUGUACCAGCACACCCUGGCACCUUCCACCCAUGCACAUGAGCUCCUCCCAGCGCCGGCCUUCUACAGCUGUGGAGGAGGAAGAUGAAGAUUCACCCUCUGAGUGCCAGACCCCUGAGAAGGUGAAGAAACCGAAGAAGGUGUACUGCUAUGUGUCACCAAAGCAAUUCUCAGUGAAGGAGUUCUACCUGAAAAUCAUUCCCUGGCGCCUUUAUACCUUCCGAGUGUGCCCAGGAACAAAAUUUUCAUACCUUGGCCCUGACCCUGUUCAUAAGCUCCUCACACUGGUGGUAGAUGAUGGCAUUCAACCACCUGUGGAGCUUAGCUGUAAGGAGAGGAACAUUCUAGCAGCCACUUUCAUCCGCUCCCUCCAUAAGAAUAUAGGAGGCUCUGAGACCUUUCAGGACAAGGUGAACUUCUUCCAGCGAGAGCUUCGGCAGGUACAUAUGAAAAGACCACAUUCCAAAGUCACCCUGAAAGUCAGCAGACAUACCUUGUUGGAAUCGUCUCUGAAGGCCACUCGGAAUUUCUCCAUCUCGGACUGGAGCAAGAACUUUGAAGUGGUUUUCCAAGAUGAAGAAGCUCUGGACUGGGGAGGGCCUCGCCGGGAAUGGUUUGAGCUGAUCUGCAAAGCACUCUUUGAUACCACCAAUCAACUCUUCACCCGAUUCAGUGACAACAACCAAGCACUAGUACAUCCCAACCCUAAUCGCCCCGCUCAUCUGCGCUUGAAGAUGUAUGAGUUUGCAGGGCGGCUGGUGGGCAAGUGUCUCUAUGAGUCCUCUCUAGGAGGAGCCUACAAGCAACUGGUCCGAGCUCGCUUCACCCGCUCUUUUUUGGCCCAAAUCAUAGGACUACGUAUGCAUUACAAGUACUUUGAAACAGAUGACCCAGAAUUCUACAAAUCUAAAGUUUGCUUCAUCCUCAACAAUGACAUGAGUGAGAUGGAGCUGGUCUUUGCAGAAGAGAAAUAUAACAAAUCAGGUCAAUUGGAUAAGGUUGUAGAACUCAUGACAGGUGGAGCUCAAACCCCAGUCACCAAUGCAAAUAAAAUCUUCUAUUUAAACUUAUUGGCCCAAUAUCGUCUGGCCAGUCAAGUGAAAGAGGAGGUGGAACACUUCCUAAAAGGCCUGAAUGAGUUGGUCCCUGAGAACCUUUUGGCUAUUUUUGAUGAAAACGAGCUUGAGCUGCUGAUGUGUGGGACCGGGGACAUCAAUGUGUCUGACUUCAAAGCCCAUGCAGUGGUUGUUGGCGGCUCAUGGCAUUUCAGAGAAAAGGUCAUGAGGUGGUUCUGGACCGUGGUGUCCAGUCUGACCCAGGAGGAGUUGGCUCGGCUGCUACAGUUCACAACGGGCUCCUCUCAGCUACCACCCGGAGGUUUUGCUGCCCUCUGUCCCUCGUUCCAGAUUAUUGCCGCUCCGACCCAUAGCACGCUCCCGACUGCGCACACGUGUUUUAACCAGCUGUGCCUCCCCACGUAUGACUCAUACGAAGAGGUGCACAGGAUGCUGCAGCUGGCCAUCAGUGAGGGCUGCGAGGGCUUCGGCAUGCUCUGACCACUCUCCUGCCACCCCCCGGGCCCCUGUGCUUCCUGGAGCCCCUGGGUGCGCCUAACGCCAUGACAACCACCGACCCUAACACGUCUCCAUCGGCCAGAAGCUGCUGCAUGCUCCCCCAUGUCUGGAGGACUGGCUUACCUACGAGCCAGGUUGCUCCCUCGCUGUCCCCCCCCCACCUCUCCCCCACCGGCCACUUCGGCACAGCGUGGAGUCUGAGCGGCUCACUCGUGAGAAGAGGACCACACUGCUGUCACUUCACUUGGUUCUCAGAAGAUCUUGGGAGCUGA